AUGAAGUUCUUCACCACCGCCCUGGCCAUGGCCGCCGCUGCCAACGCCCACACUCUCAUGUCCAAGCUGUACAUCAACGGCGAGUCCGAGGGUGAUGCUACCUGCAUCCGUAUGCCCAAGGAGGGAGACACUGCUACCUCUCCCGUUGCCGGUCUGACCAGCGACGACAUGGCUUGCGGCAAGGACGGCCAGAUCGCCGCCGCUUACACCUGCGCUGCCCCCGGCAACUCCAAGCUCACCUUCGAGUUCCGCCAGUGGCCCGAUGCGCGUGCCGAGGGCUCCAUCGACCCUUCCCACAGGGGUCCCUGCUCCGUCUACGUCAAGAAGGUUGACGACAUGACCACCGCCGCCGCCGGCCCCAACUGGUCCAAGAUCUGGGAUGAGGGCUACGACGAGUCCACCCAGCAGUGGUGCACCGACAAGCUCAUCGCCAACAAGGGUCUCUUGACCGUAGAGCUCCCCUCUGGCCUCCCCGCUGGUUACUACCUCGUCCGCACCGAGAUCCUCGCUCUGCACCAGGCCGUCAGCCUCCACGACCCCCAGUACUACGUCGGCUGCGCCCAGAUCCACGUCUCCGAUGGUCCCUCCGGCGCUCUCGAGAUCCCCUCCCAGUACUCCGUCAGCAUCCCCGGCUACAUUGAUGGCACCGAGGCUGGCAACAACUUCAACCUGUACGACAACCCGCAAUACCCCUACCCCAUCCCCGGCCCCGAGCCCUACAGCCCCGUCGGCACUGCUUCCGCCAGCGCCAAGUCCACCUCCUUCAAGGGCGGCGUCCCCGCCGACUGCCUGAUCAAGAACGCCAACUGGUGCGGUAAGGCCGUCGAUGCCUACACCACCCAGACCGGCUGCUGGGCCGCUGUCGACGCUUGCUACGCCCAGGGUAACGUGUGCUUCGACUCCGCCCCUCCUACCGGCGCCGCCAACUGCUACGUCUGGAACGACAACAUGUGCAAGGGCAUCUCUGACCAGUGCACGGCCGGCAACUGGCAGGGCCCUCCCACCAUCGAGAUGACCGCCAAGACCGUCGCCGUCCCCGGCGCCAUCCCCGCUGCCGCGAACCUCGACCUCCUUGGUGGCUCCGCCAACGCCGCUGCCGUUGCUUCCGCCACCCCCUCCAAGACCGCCGUCGCCGCCUCUUCCUCUGCUCCCGCCGCUACUCCUACUGCUGAGUACGCCGCUGAGGACCCCGUCGCUACCAGCGCGCCCGCCGCCACUGUUGCCCCCGUUUCUUCGGCCGCCCCUGUCCCGGCUUCCACCUCCGCUGCCGCCCCCGCUGCUCCUUCCGCCUCUGCUCCCGCCUCAGGUGCCCUUGUCGCCUCCACCGACGGUACCUGCGGUGGCAGCACCGGCUUCACCUGCGAGGGCAGCACCUUCGGCUCCUGCUGCUCCGCCGCCGGCAAGUGCGGCAGCAAGAUUCUGCAGUGCAGACCCUCUUGCGGCUGCCAGACCAAGUUCGGUCUCUGCCUCGAGGCCCGCAGCCUGACGAAGAGCAACUAA